UGCUGCCGCUCUUCAUCCUGGCAGUAUCCCUCGUGUCAGCCGCAUCUGGGCCCAUGGUGGAAUCGGUCUUGUCUGUUGGCUUGGAGCUGACUGAUGUCAAGCACCGCACUGUGAUCAACUGCUGCGCAUGCUGCAGCACGGCCGCUGGAGUGAUGCUGGCCGGUCUGGUGUCUUGGGCGCUGCCCAAUUGGAAGUAUUCCGUCUCGUUUGCCGCCCUCAGUUGCUUUGCGCUGUUCUUCUUCUUCAGGUGGUUCCCCGAGUCUCCACGCUGGCUGGCGUGCAGGGGUCGCGAGCAGGAGGCGCUGGCCGUUGUGCGUCGCAUAGCAGCCACCAACGGCUCCACGGUGCCCCCGUUCGCCCUGCAGGUGAUCCAGACCGUGGGCAAGAGCAAGACAGACAGGAGGGGCUUCCUCAGCAUCUUCUCCAGCUUUAACCUCGUCAGGAACACGACAGUCCUCGUCAUUGCCAGCUCGGUGCACCUGCUGGCUAUGUACUCACUGGUGAUAGCGGUGAGCCGACUGAGCGCGAACCCUUUCCUGGGGAUAGUGGCGCAGGGAUUAGCCAAGCUGCCCGGACACUUCAUGGUGAACUACUUUGCGGCGAGGUUCGGUCGUCGUUGGUCCAGUGUAGGGAGUGCACUGUUGGCUGCACUGGCCAGUCUCCUCAUCUUCUGCCUGCUGACUGAACACAUCGAGGGCGCAGCCAUCGUGAUGGCGACCAUGCUGAUGCAGUUCAGCACCGUCGCUGGUAUUGGCAUGGUCAACCUGCAGAGCAUCGAGUUGCACCCCACGUGUCUCCGCCAGAUCGCAGCGUGUGUCGAGUUUGCCGUUGCUGGGAUUUCCAUGUCUUCCCUGCCCUACCUGGUGCUGAUGGAUGACAAGCGCAUUCCCUUCGCCAUCCUCUGUGCCCUCGAGUUGAUGGUAGCGUUUUCUGUGUCGUUCCUGCCAGAAUCUGCGUUGCAGCGAUUGCCAGAGACGUUAAGGGAUGUUGCCGUCUUUGGCAGAGGGCAACCCUACUGGAGCUGGAAACCAAAACCAGCCCUUCAGUACGCCACAGGAUAAAGGAGUUCCAGAACUUCCUUAUAGUGUAGUUCUACACUGGUCAUAGUGUAGCAGCUGACAUGUGAAUGCGACGCUAGCAGCCUACGACUUCUGUUUGCUGACAUCUUACAUGGCUUGCUUGGCCUGCUAUGAGUGAUUAACAGUGCAGUUCGAACAUUUUUCUAGUCUGUAAACAGUAGCACGAAAACUAAGGCUGACCAGGAUUAUACUAUAAAUUCACUCUCUUCUGCAGCUAGCGGCUCCUCAGAAUCGGUUUUCACAAGACACAGGCAACAAUUACUGGACGAACUACUUGCGGGGUCCAUCUCCUCGUCCAUCUCCAUGGUUUCUGUGUGACCAUUUAUGACCGCCCUAUCCAAUAAACGCUACACCAAACUAAACCGACAGAGAAACCGCAAAUACUGGGUCUCCAAAGAAAACAAAAUUUCACAAUAGACUAAAACUACACGCUGCACAACUAACAGCCUUAAUCUGAGGACUAAUCCUGUUAUUCCAAUGUCACCUUGAUUUUACCUCCUUAUACCCACACCUUUAAUUUUAACACUCCCCCAAAAAUGAUACUACUCAACUCCCCUCACUGUCUGUAUCCACCUACUACCUCCUCCCACCUGUUACACCUACAAGCGCUCCACAUCCAAUUCCAAACAAAAAUUUAAUCGCCUCCCACAACCUGCCCACGAAAUCCCAUCCAGAGAUCUACCCAUCCUUCCAUCUUUAACAGAAGUCUCUUCUGGCUUCCAUGUGUGUGUGUUACAGUUUGCAACCCCAAACCACUUUUCUGGGUCCUCCUCCUCAACUCUUCACUCCACAUUCUUUCGAAAACGCAUUUAAGCAGGUGAAAUGUUAAACAGAAUUAUUAUUGAGAGUGGUGUAAUUAUAUAUGGAUAUAAACGCCACCUACUCUUUGCAUACAUUUAGUAAAAUGAAGACCGCCAUUUAAAGGAUUUUUUAAAAUUUUUUAAAUUAAAAAACAGCAAAUAUCAGUAUUUAAAUUACAAUCUGAAAUAUACGACAGCUUGUUUAAUAAUUUUAAAAAGACGAAAAUAUUUUGUAUUUUUAAAGUUUUGUUAAGUGUUUAUAUGUUUUUUGACUGUUGUUCCUCAACAGCACCAAUGUAAAAUAUAGAUCUGGUGCUCUAAGUUCGUCAAUGUUUUUAAUAAACAUAGUAAUCUUCUCAUUAUUUUUAUCUUCAUAUUCUUACACAUUGUUAUAAAUUCUUGAUGUUGUGGUUGACAUAAGCUUUUUGAAUAAACAUACAAGUGAGUUCUCUUAUUCCAGUUCAA